AUGAUAUCUCUUCCUCUGUUAAUGAAUGAACAAUCUAAAAGAUUGUCGAAUAAUAAAAGUAAUUUAGAGGAUUAUGUAAUUAAAUGCUAUAAUAUACCACCCAAUAUUAAUGAAACAAUAUUCGAAUAUUUAUGUGAGUUAUUAAAUGAUAAAUCAUAUAAGAUAAAGAAAAUAAUUAAACCCAUAAAUCAGGAAACAUGUAGCUAUCCAUGGAAAAUUAUUUGUAAUGAUAAAUUAGCUAGCUUUUUAUUAAAAAGAAAAAAAAUUAUUAUUUAUGACGAUUCAGAAAAAAAUAAUAAAAUUUAUGUAAAAAUAACACCCGAUGAAGAACAUAAAGAUGCAAAUACUGUAAGUGAUAGUGAUUUAAAUUCCUCAUAUUCUGAAAAAACAGAAAAUAUAAAUGGGGAAAAAGAUGAAAACAUAAAAGAUAGCCCAAAAUUAACGAGUACUGAUGACAUAAGAGAAAAUAUAACACAUAACGAACAAAAUGACAAUAUAAAAAUUAAGAGAAAUAAAAAAGUUAUACUAUUCGAUGGAGAUGUUGAGGAAAAUAUAAAGGGACCCAUGAAAAGGUGUGAAAAUAGUGAUAUAUGGUAUUGUAAAUAUAAUAGCAAAUGUGAAGAAUCAGAUAAUAGUGAAUGCUUUACUGAUUGGAGUAGUGAUAUUGAAAGUGAUGAUAUUAUGGAUGAUAAAAAUAAAAAUAGGAAUUUUUCAGAAAAUAAUAGUGAAAAUAGCGAACUCAAAAAAAACAAUGAAAAAAUUUUGAAUAGAGACAGGAAUAGAAUUAAAUGUCCACAUGGAAAUAGCUCUGACAACGAAUCUGUUAAAAAUUUUGUUUACAAUCGAAAUGAUGAAAAAAAUAAAGAAAAUAUCGAAAAAUAUAUUGACGAGUGUUUGAAAAAGGGUGAAAAAAAAAAAAAAUAUAUAUAUAAGCGGAAAAAUAUGUCAAAAGAAAUUAUAAAAGAUAUACCAAUUGAAACACUAACAAGUGAGGAAUGUGAAUUCUUAGAAAAAAUAAACAUGAAAUAUUCAAAAAAAUUCGGUAGAAUUGUUGAUAAUGGUGAUGGGGAUGAUAAUUAUGAUGAUAAAAAAAAAAGUAAAAAGUUUUUCAUAUAUUUUUAUGAAGGGAAUAGUGAUGAGAUCAUUCAAGAUAUAAGAGAAGAAGAUAUAAACAAAAAUAUUAUUUUAUAA